AUGGGAACUGGUAUUACUAGGGAUGGACUGGUAUUGUUGGGAGAAAGAUAUGCAGCAACGUCAAAGUUUGACCAUUUGGCUGAUAUGGAUGCUUUUAGUCAAGGCUUUGGCUUUCGGGGAGAAGCACUGAGCUCCAUUUCUGAUAUUUCGGUGUUAGAAAUUCUGUCGAAAGCUCAUGGGAAGCCAAAUGGAUAUCGCAAGAUUAUGAAGGCAUGGAUAGCUCGAGUUUUGAACAGACCCAUCUAUGAUCUAUAUCUGGAUAUCUUUGCUGUCGUUAACACAAGUGUUCGUCUGAUUGACAGUUUUGUUGUUAUUCUCAGGGCUGCAAGUGUUUGUAUCUUGGAAUUGAUGAUAACAGACAAGAUGUGGGCACAACAGGUUUCCUUCAAAGUUCUUGAUAUAGAGAGUGAGGAUGAGCUGCUUUGCACAUAUGCUUCCUCUUCUCCUCUGCCACUUUUGAGGAGUGGUUUUGGAAUUGAGGUUUCCAGUUCUCUACGCGAAUGCAAUGCAUUGGACACCACGUUGAAGCUUUCUGGAUACAUGUCUGGUCCCUGUGAUACUUUCUCUGCUAAGGCCUUUCAAUACUUCUGUAUCCAUGUCUGUGAUGAUAUACGAAAGCUGAUUUGUGGGCAGAUGCACUUGUGUUUGAGAUAUUUAUUGGCCUCUGGGUUCAGCUGUGCAGAUGUUUGGAAGACUAGCCUUGAAUCACAAAAUGGGAAGCGAAGUAGGUCUCAAACAUGUCCAACCUUCAUUUUGAACUUAAGCUGCCCUCGAUCUUGCUAUGAUUUAACUUUUGAACCAUCAAAGACUUCUGUCGAAUUCAGGGAUUGGCUUCCAAUACUUAGAUUUAUUGAACAAGCUGUCACGCACUUUUGGGGAUCUUAUGGAGAUUCAUUUGGUCACAUUGCUGAUGGGUCAUGCAAAAAUGACAUGUGGAAGGAAAAUAAAGAAUUUGUAGCAGAAGGAGAUUUUCAAGCAAAUUAUACAAUUGCAAAAAAAAGGUGCAGAAGCCGGAAUCAUCAGGCUUCUCUUGACUCUGCCUCCCCCCAGCCAAAGUUGCUGACUGAAGAGUGUGGCCAAGUGUCUGCCUGGAGAGAGAGCAGAAUUUCAUGUCGUAAGUCUCAUAGAAAUGCCUUCGAAUCUAAAGAGUGCCUAAGCGAGGUGGGGUCUGUUUGUCAUACUGACUAUUUAUUUGAAUCAUGUGAUGCAUCUCCCACCCAAGACAGCGCACUGAUAAACCAAGAGAGUAACGACCAUCUGUGGACAUCUAAAAAUAAUAUUCUCUGUGCAGAAGAUAAUUUGUUGGACAAUAAGUUCUUUGCGACAGGAAGAUACAAUAAGCAGAUGGGUGAUAUUUUAAGUUCAAGAUGGAAUGAUGUGUCUCCUAGUGUUGAUGCCAACAUGAGCAGUGGAUUAAUGGGAGGUGCCUCUGAUUAUUUCGCAAUUGGUGAUAAUGUGGAGGGUGUUAAUGAAGCUCUUAAAAGACCCUUCCUGCGGAGUUGCUCCUCGCAGGGAAGCAAGUUGCUACCUGAUGCGACAUCUUUUGUGAGUGAUGAGGGAUUUGACUUUCAGAUUGGUGACUUCAGAAACAAGCCAAAUCAGCUUGACCAUGAUGAUAGGGUUGAUAUUGGAGAAGCUGAUAAUGGUAACCUGUGCAUUGAAUCUAUGACUUUAUGGAAGCACCAAACCGCAAAUGAUUCAUCCUCUCCCGGGCUCACAACUGAAUGUGACAUGCAUUCAGCUUCAGAUUCUUUUCCAAGGAAUUCAAGAAGGCUACUCUCAAUUGCUGGAGAAUGUUUUGGUAAAGAGAAUGACCUUCUGCCUGAUGCCGUUGCACAAACUCCAAAACUUUGUUCCAGGCAUCGGUCUUUUAGUCCUGAAUGGUCUCCUCUGACCUAUGAUCCCUUAUUUGGGACCAAUCCUCAGGAUAUUGAACAUUCCACGAAUGAAGAAGUGUUUCAGAGGUGUUUUAGCUAUGACGAAAGUGGGCAACAUGACUAUCUUGCAGAUAGGGCAGAGAACAAUUUUCAUACCUCACUAAAGUGCUCAGGCCGUGGAAACUGCUCAUUAUCAAGCUGCAUGGAUGUCCUCUCGGAUUGCCAGGAUUAUGCUCCUUCCGAAGGGGAUAUUUGUGAAUUUCAAGGACACCAUCUAGAUGAUUUUUUAUUUCCAAAAUAUUCUGGUUCUUUUACUGAUCAAAGGGAUUGGUUUUGCUUUGACUCAUGUAGUAAAGAUAACACCUAUAGUUGUGCAGUGCCAUCAAAAGAUGUUCCUUUAUCGAUUAGUGUCGAUAAAAAUAAAAACCAAAGGCUUCACAGUAGAUGCCAACAUAAAAUAUACGAUGGUAAAAAAAGGUCAAUAAGAAGCCAUUCGGCUCCACCAUUUUACAGAGCUAAGAAGAAGAUUGUCUCAUUAAAUAAUUGCUCGACUAUUGAAGAAGGAAAGUUCAAUUCUAAGAUCAUCAAUGAUGCUCCAACUCUGAGAGGAGCUUGUGAAUUAAAUCAUCCACAAGAAUUAACUAGUGUAUGUGAUCUAUCUUCAAAGUCAAGUAAUGUGGAUGUUCCAUUGUUCCAUAUGAGAUUUGAGGCAAAGAGACCACCAGAUGAGAUUGAGAUUCAAAAUUUUAAAGUGCAAAAUAACAGUUGCUUCCACAGUUAUGAUAUGUAUACAGUUACCGGGCCAUCUCAUCCUUCAGACUUAACAUCAAAAGAAGAUGAAGAUCCAUUAGAUUCUAGGCUGAAAUGGCGGAACAGCUAUCCACAUACAACGCAUGGAGACAAAUCACAGAAUAUUCACGAUAGGGAUACUAUACUUGACAUCUCCUCUGGGAUCUUGCACCUCGCCAGCAAUUUAUUAAUUCCGAAAUCUAUAAACAGGAAGUGCUUGGAGGACGCGAAAGUUCUUCGACAGGUUGACAAGAAAUUCAUUCCAGUUGUAGCUGGCGGAACACUUGCUAUCAUUGACCAGCAUGCUGCAGAUGAAAGGAUCCGGCUGGAAGAACUGCGUCAUAAGGUGCUAUCUGGAGAAAUGAGGACAAUUACCUAUCUGGACGCUGAGCAAGAGUUGGUCCUGCCUGAAAUUGGACAACAGUUGUUGCACAAUUACGCUGAACAGAUCCAGAAUUGGGGUUGGAUCUGCAACUUUCAUGCUCAGGAUUCACGGUCGUUUAAAAAGAGUUUGAAUCUUCUACACAGUCAGCCAACUGUUGCCACGCUUGUCGGGGUACCCUGUAUAUUGGGUGUUAAUUUGACUGAUGUGGAUCUCCUGGAAUUUCUUCAACAGCUUGCUGACACGGAUGGAUCAUCAACAAUACCGCCAUCGGUUCUUCGGAUCCUUAAUUGCAAAGCAUGCAGGGGUGCAAUUAUGUUUGGUGACACAUUGCUGCCUUCAGAAUGUUCUCUAAUUGUCGAAGAGCUCAGGCAGACUUCAUUGUGUUUCCAAUGUGCUCAUGGGCGACCGACAACUAUUCCUCUUAUCAACUUAGACGUAUUGCAUAAGCAGAUAGCUAAGCUUGGACUGUGUUCGAAUGAGAUGUGGCAUGGCCUACGUCGACAUGAAAUCAGUCUACAACGUGCAGAGCAGCGUUUAAACUCCACUGGAGCAAGAUGGCUUGGACUGUGGUGUAACUGGGCAAGGUUGACAUUAAAUCGUGGAGGACAGCGUUUAGGUGCAGCUAUAGGUCAGCAUGGAAGAGAAACCAUGGCCGCAUGUCCAAAUUCAUUGCAGUUGAUCCAUAUGCUUUCAUUCUAA